UGUGCAUCGUGUGCGACUUAUCUUGUACCUGGCUUGUGGUCAGCACAGCAAUUUUAUCUACUUUCCCUUCUCUCUAGAAAAAUACCCUCUUUUAUUCCUUUCCUUCCCAACUAAUUUCCUAUUGUCUCACCUACUCCAUUUUUCAUUUCAUUUUAUUUUUCUCCUCUCUCAAGAUCUCAAAUUGCUCAAGGUUUUGGAUCAUAUCUCCCUUUUUUGUUCAACCCUGCAUAAUUCCCAAGGUUUUUAUACGAGAAUGGAGUUUUUCUUGAGGGACUUGAAAGAGGAAUCUUCUCCGUUAGAUCAGGGCAUUGUUAGGUGUCCCUUUUUGCGGAACAUCAAUGAACCCACCAACUUCUCCUUUUCAACACCAAUGGCUUUUCCAAUGCCAAUUCAAGACAGGAAAGGUCCAAUAUUUGAGGAUGGCCCCAAUUUUGAUAUGGCAUUCAGACUUUUUCAUGGGCAAAAUGGUGUAGUCCCUCUGACUGGAAAAUCAUUUGUCGAUAUCGAGAAGUCUCGUUCUGAACCAGCACCAGCACACUUCAAUCCCUUGGCAGCAAAGGCAGCCUCUAUCAGUCUCUCAUCGUUUGGUCCUGGGGGGCCUUUUGGGUUUGAUGCAUUUUCUGAGAAGUGGAAGAAUAAAAAUAAGAAAUCCAAAUCGUCCAAAAAGGAGUCUUCUUCAGAGGGUAGAAAAUCAGAGCACGAGGCAAUGAGCGAUGAGUGGUUGCAAAGUGGCAAUUGCCCGAUUGCAAAGUCAUAUCGAGCUGUGAGUCACGUCCUUCCUCUUGUAGCUAAGGCUCUUCAGCCUCCUCCCGGCAUGAAAUUUAGGUGCCCUCCAGCAAUAGUUGCAGCUAGGAGUGCUAUAUCAAAAACUGCUUUUGCCAAAAACCUUCGACCGCAGCCGCUGCCUGCAAAGGUAUUCGUCAUUGGCGUUUUAGGCAUGGCAGCGAAUAUACCUUUAGGAAUAUGGCGAGAACACACUGAAAAAUUCUCUCCCUCUUGGUUUGCUGCCGUCCAUGCAGCCGUGCCAUUCAUAGGUAUGCUUAGGAAAUCCGUGUUAAUGCCUAAGACGGCCAUGGCAUUUACCAUUGCAGCGUCAAUUCUAGGACAGGUUAUCGGUUCUAGGGCAGAAAGGUAUCGGCUGAAGACUGUUGCUGGCAAAAAACUGGUUUAUACCGAAACUUCAAGCUGUGGGACGAGUCCACUGGCCGUGGGUGGAGUUAGAGACGGCCAUUGCAUCGAGAUUGUUGAUUGGAAAACUAAUCCUCUGCAGGUUACCGGGACUUCAUCAUCAGCAGACGUCUUCUGAUUAUGGUUGGUUUGUUUGAUCUCGUUUUCUGCUGUGUAACCUGGACGGAAACUUCAUGUUCUACCGAUUUACUUUUCUUCUUUUGGACCUAAAUUUUCUGCGAUUUGAGAAUAAGAGAGGGAUGAAAUAUUUCUUGCGUGUUGUAAUUUAUACUACUAUAUGGUUUACAAAAAAAUUAUGAAAUGAGAAUUUGGACGAGAAAUGUUGAAUGAUU